GUUCGCUGAAGGAAGGAUUACAUUGACCAGACAUUACUGCAAUAGAAAGAUCCAUCAUGCCACACUACAAGCUCAUGUAUUUCAAUCUGAGAGGAAGAGCAGAAAUCAUUCGCUAUCUGUUUGCCUAUUCAGGCAUAAAGUACGAGGACCACAGGAUAGAACAAGUUGACUGGCCCAAAAUCAAACCAACUAUCCCAUUUGGAAAAAUCCCCAUUUUAGAAGUGGAUGGAGUUACCCUUCAUCAGAGCCUGGCCAUAGCCAGAUACCUAGCCAAAGAAACAGGUCUGGCUGGUCAGACACCUCUGGAACAAGCUCUGGUUGAUGCCAUUGUGGACACCAUUGAUGACUUCAUGUCAAUGUUUCCCUGGGGAGAGAAAAAUCAGGAUGUGAAACAACAGAUAUUUAAUGACCUCCUCACUAAUACAGCUCCUGGGCUACUACGAGAUUUGGACAGUUUCUUAGGGGAUAAUAAGUGGCUGGUUGGGAAAUCUGUAACCUGGGCUGAUUUCUACUGGGAUGUGUGUAGUACAACACUUCGGUUCCUUAAGCCUGGCCUGGCAGACAACUACCCUAAACUUUUGGCUCUGAAAGAGAGAGUACAAGCCCUUCCUGCUAUUGCAGACUGGAUUCAGCAAAGACCAAAGACUACACUGUAGAUCAGCUUUUCUGGUUUUGAAGAACAUGUUUAUGUGUAUUUUUUUAACAUAACCCCAGCACCUCUAAUUUCUUCUAAAGUUACUAAUUUACAAAAAUUAAGAAGACUCAAUGCCU